UAAGCAUUCGACUGCGACAGUGCGACAUUCGACAACACGACAAAUGUAAUGGCUGACUUGUAUCAAAUAUAAAUACAGUACGGUUCCUCUUUUGCCUGUCAGUGUCAAAGAAUAACGUACUAAAAAGCUGAUUUACACGUACUUACACAAUUCGUAUACAAGGUUUUACAAUGGCUGAACGAUUUGAUCUUUGCGAAUGCAUAUGGAGCCAUGAACUUGCCAUGCAACGCCUACUUUCUAUCUUACGACAGAGCCAAAGUUACUGCACGGAUAACGAAUGUUUCAGCGUAUCGCGACUACCAGAACCAUCAGCGGUACCAACGUCUUCGAAUUUCUACAUGACCUGCUUAAUUAUUGCUUUUAUGGUUCUCAUGCAUGUUCUUCGACCAAACUCCCUUCGUCGACUGAGGAAUAAUAACGUUAAAGAUCGGGAUAACGAGCGUGAUUCGAGCGAUGAUCCUCCUGCACCUCCACCCACAACGCAAUAAAAAGUGCAAUAUGAUGACCCAUGUUUUCGCCUGGAUUUUUAUAGUAGAAUUUCUUGAGUUUAUAAAAGAAGAAAAGAGAGAGCGAAGAGGGAAUAAUAGUUCAAUUUAUUCUAUGUUAGUAUUAUAUUUAAGCUGGCCCUAAGGAAUAUAACUUCCUACGUAUAUAUGUAUAUAUAUAUGCACUUAAAAUUAUUAUAUUUAUCCAGGUUAAAAGAUAUUUUAAUUUGUUCUUCUCUCUCUCUUCUUUAUUAUUACUAAUGUUUAGCACAUACCAGGAGUAUGUGAAAAAGAAAAAUUCUGCAGAAGAUAUUUUUGUGGGGCACAAUACGCAAAUAAAAGGAAAAUCGAAUCUCUAAUAUUAAUAUUCACAAACGCAUUCGUCUGAAUUGUGAUCGCUAAAUGAAAAUAAAGUUUUAUCAAGUUAUUACAGUAAUUGCAUCAAACACAAAAUAUGAAAAGUGUUUAAUGCACUUUGAUAUUUGAUGUUACUGUAAAUAACAUGAGUACCUGCAAUUCGAUAGUAAUAUUACGAUUAUGGUAUUUAUGUUAGGUAUCAAUAGAAUUUUACUGGAAACGUGUAAAUCAAGAUCUGAUUAAUUAAAACAAAAUGAUAAUUA